UUGGCGGCUCCCACCUGGAUUUACCCCCCAAAAAGAGAGCUGAGCUCCCCGAACCCACCCUUCCCCUUCUCCCUCCCCUUCCCCCCGAACUUUCGCUCUCGCAUGCUGUUCCCCUGCACCACGGAUCGCCUCUCGGAUGCCGCUCGCCUGGAGGCUGCGUUAGGAGCGGGCGGCGGCGGCGGCGGCGGCUCGGGAGUGCUAUGACCGGCAAAGUCGCGGAUAAGCUGGCGGCGACCAUGAGCAGUUUGCUAAACCAACUGCCUGACAGUCUGUACCCCGAGGAGAUUCCCAGCGCGCUCAACCUCUUCUCCGGCAGCAGCGGCGACUCGGUGGCCCAUUACAGUCAGAUGGCUACAGAGAAUGUGAUGGACAUCGGUCUGACCAACGAGAAGCCCAACCCGGAACUCUCGUACUCCGGCUCCUUCCAGCCGGCCCCCGGCAACAAGACCGUGACCUACUUGGGAAAGUUCGCGUUUGACUCCCCUUCCAACUGGUGCCAAGACAACAUCAUCAGCCUCAUGAGCGCCGGCAUCUUGGGGGUGCCCCCGGCCUCGGGGGCGCUCAGCACGCAGACGUCCACCGCCAGCAUGGUGCAGCCGCCGCAGGGCGACGUGGAGGCCAUGUACCCGGCGCUGCCCCCCUAUUCCAACUGUGGCGAUCUCUACUCGGAGCCCGUGCCUUUCCACGACCCCCAGGGCAACCCCGGGCUCGCCUAUUCCCCCCAGGAUUACCAAUCGGCCAAGCCGGCCCUGGACAGCAACCUCUUUCCCAUGAUCCCCGACUACAACCUGUACCACCACCCCAACGACAUGGGCUCCAUCCCGGAGCACAAGCCCUUCCAGGGCAUGGACCCCAUCCGCGUCAACCCGCCCCCUAUCACCCCGCUGGAGACCAUCAAGGCGUUCAAGGACAAGCAGAUCCACCCGGGCUUCGGCAGCCUGCCCCAGCCGCCGCUCACGCUCAAGCCCAUCCGGCCCCGCAAGUACCCCAACCGGCCUAGCAAGACCCCGCUGCACGAGCGGCCGCACGCCUGCCCGGCCGAGGGCUGCGACCGCCGCUUCAGCCGCUCGGACGAGCUGACUCGGCACCUACGCAUCCACACCGGCCACAAGCCCUUCCAGUGCCGGAUCUGCAUGCGGAGCUUCAGCCGCAGCGACCACCUCACCACUCACAUCCGCACCCACACGGGCGAGAAGCCCUUCGCCUGCGAGUUCUGCGGGCGCAAGUUUGCGCGCAGCGACGAGCGCAAGCGCCAUGCCAAGAUCCACCUCAAGCAGAAGGAGAAGAAGGCGGAGAAAGGGGGCGCGCCCUCCGCGUCCUCGGCGCCCCCGGUGUCCCUGGCCCCUGUGGUCACCACCUGCGCCUGAGGCUCGGGCGCCCAGAUCCCCGCUUUAACCCCUCCAGUGCCUCCCGGCUGCUCGCUUGAAAUCAGCGGGAGAGCCGGCCUCGGAGGCUCAGGGGCCGAGUCCUGGCCGCUCCGUGGACGUGCGGCCCCUUGCUCCCCUUCGACGCCCCCUCCCCGGACACCCCGGUUCCCAUCGUUUCACGCCGACCAGCGGUCGGGGGCCGGGGCCCGAGGCGGCUUCCCUUGGCUGUCCACACCCCACCACCACCACCACCACCUUAGCCAAGGCGUGGGGGCGGAAAGGUGGCGUCUAGCCCGCUUUGUUCAGUUCGGAUCGCCUUGAUCCAGGGGCCGCGGGGCCGUGCCAAGGACCUGAAAGGGGGACUGAAGACGGGGGCCCACCCAACAACCCUCGCCCGACCCGAGCACCUCACUGCUUGCCCCGCGUCUCCCUCCUCGCGAGGGGGAGGGGGUAAGGAGAGCACCGAAGGGCGGCUGCGUGCGGGGAUGCGCGCGAGUGUGUGCCUGCUCGCGUGUGAGUGUGUGUGCCCGUGAGGGGGGUGGGUGUGCGCGCGCGCGCGUGUGCGUGAGAUUCUGGAGCUGAACUGGGCUGUGUGUACCUUUAACUCUAGCAGCAUGUCCGAGCCCCCAGGCCGCUGGGGCCUGCCCCAGCCUGGGGACCACUGAACCUGCCUUUGGAACGUGUCUCUGGCGUCAGCCCCACUUUUCCAAGGCUCUGUGCCUGCGUGUGCUCUCUGCUCCUGCCACCCCCUUUCUCUCCCUUCUCCCCCUCUAAGCUGUCAACCCACCCCUUUCAAAAUCCUGCCUCCCCCCACCCCAAAGUCAGGCCUCAGCCCGUUGCCCCAUCUUGAUUUGCGUCACUGACGUGCCCAUUUCUCCUUCCCACCACACACGGGGAGGCUCCCUGGUACUUCCCAGGUCAGCGCCGACACGACAGGUAGAAUUUAAGUCUGUGUCUAUGGUGUGUGUGUGUGCGUGCGCGUGCGUGUGUGCAUGGUGUGUAUGUAUAUGUGUGUGUGUGGUGCCACACAAUAUACACACAGUUUGUAUUCCUCUAAGGUACUUGGGCAUCCAUUGCGGUGCAUGGGAGUCUAGAGAAUUUGUAGGCGGAUACAGCUUUAAAUGCUUUAUUUUUUAUGAGAAUUGGAACUGAUGAGCUGAUAUCUACACGUGCGUGCGUGUGGGAAUAUAUAGACACACCUCGCAGUCCCAGCGUCCCUCAACAAGCACAGGGAUUUUUUCCCCCAUUCACCCCUUGUGGGUGAAUGAGGUGUAUCUUUUCCAGACCCCUGUCUGGGCUCCUCCCUGCCCUGCCCCCUUACCUCGGCUCAGGCACCCUCUCUCCCCCGCUGUCCCGCCCAGCCCUUGCCCGCCCAGCGUGGCUGCUUUGAUGGGGCCUCCAGCCCACUGAAUGUAUUGCUUCCUUUUAGCGUGAUUUCUCCUGAGGUCACUCCGCCCCGCCCAGAGAGAAGGAACAAAGGUUUGGAGUUUACAGAAUGUUUUUAAAGUCACUUUAUGCAUCUCCCACUUUUUUUUUUUUAAAGGAAAAAAAAUCACUUUUUUUUUUUUUUUUUUUUUUGGUGGUGGAUAAAUAAUACUACAAGGAUGCUAGUGAAAGGAGGGGGCAGAUCAGAGAGCAGGGGUUGUGAGUUUCCCGGUACUUGGACUUUUUGUAGAAGGAGAGAGAAGACGAAGUUUGCCAGGAGGGCCCAUAUUUUUUUCAGCUGAAGGGUGAAAUCUUUCAUUGCAGAGACAGUAUUUUGCUGACUACUUUUUAUAAUGUGAUGAUUAUUACAAAACAAAAAUUUUGGUCACUUCAAAGCUGGAAGGAGGAAUCAGAUUUCCUUUAAUAUUUUUUCCUGCUCCUUCUGGCCUAUGCAUGUCACUGCAUGAUAACUCCGAGUUUUCCUUUGUUUUAAUAAAACUGUUCUCAGACAUUUAAGCUAAACUAAGAGAAAAAAAUAACUUUGUUGCCAAAAGGUCGUGCUAUCCAGAUUUUUUAUAUGUCUGCAUGUUUUAAAAAAACAAAAACAGCAACAAGAGAAAAUGCACUCUAACUUAUGUGAACUGAGAGAAAAAAAAUUGGGUUUCAAACAGGAAAACCUACGGGGAAUGAUAUUUUUUGAAAGACUUUUGUAUAAAGUUGAGUACUUAGAAAAAGACAAACCAGAUGUAAUAUAUUUUGUGGAUGUUUUUAUUUCUUGGAUUUAUAGUACCUUAUACUAAGGUUAAAAAAUAUGCUUGAUAUUGUGAAAAGGUGAAAUUCUUCACCAACAUUUCAUUAGCUCCUUUGUCACAUUGUUAUGCCAAUAUAAUAGUUGAUGAAAACAGCAUUUUUAAAAAUGAAAUAUUGAAAUGGUGUAAUGUGGUAUCAUUUGCGCUGUGAGCAAAUGCUAAAACAGUAAAUAUAUUCUGUUUGCUGACAAUCA